GAGCCGGUGUAGUUAGCUGACAGGCAGAAGAGGCUAGUUUAAUGUUUAGCACCAGCUGAAAUAACACGGUCAGCACUCUAGUUCGUUAGAUAGCAUGCUGCCAAGAGGACAGAAUUAGGUCAUAACUACAUAACUAUCCACAUUGGAGAGGCAAAGGUCUGUGCGUGCAAGGACUUCUCUGUGGCUGAAGGAAAAUCGCGAGCAGAAGCCGGCAGAUUCACUUUUUAUUUGUCUUUCCUAGACUUGAUUCAUCAACUGAUCCAUGUCCGCAAACUUCAGUUUGUGCAAGAAAAUUCCACUCAGAAUGGGCUCCCUCUCUGAGAUUAAGGAAACAUUCCGGAGUGCAGAUGCAGUUUGCUUUGAUGUGGACAGCACAGUGAUAAAAGAGGAGGGCAUCGACGAGCUAGCAAAGUUCUGCGGUGUUGGUGAUGCAGUGGCAGAGAUGACACGCAGAGCGAUGGGGGGAUCUCUAACCUUCAGGGCAGCUCUAACAGAGAGACUUGCAUUAAUCCGGCCUUCAAGAGAACAGGUGCAAGCCCUGAUCACAGAACACCCUCCAAGGCUCACCGAGGGGAUAAAGGAACUGGUCUGCAGGCUGCACCAAAGAAAUGUCCAGGUCUUCCUCAUAUCUGGUGGAUUUCGAAGCAUUGUGGAGCAUGUAGCAUCUCAGCUUGACAUCCCUCUGACAAAUGUGUACGCCAACAGACUAAAAUUCUAUUUUAAUGGAGAGUAUGCUGGCUUUGAUGAGACGCAGCUAACAGCGGAGUCUGGUGGUAAAGGAAAAGUGAUUGCCCAGCUAAAGGAGAAAUAUGGCUUCAGAAAAAUAAUAAUGAUUGGAGAUGGAGCUACUGACAUGGAAGCCUGCCCUCCUGCUGAUGGCUUCAUUGGGUUUGGAGGCAACGUCACAAGGCAGCAAGUGAAGGAAAAGGCCAAGUGGUAUAUAAAUGAUUUUGAGGAGCUCCUAAGAGAACUGGACAACAACAGCAUCAAAAUGAAUCACAAUGAUAUAAUUUACUAGUUUGCUUAGCAGUUAAUAUGCUGUAUUUUUUAGGUAAAGCCCAUCAGUUUUGUUCCUGUGUGCUGGUAUACCACUCUAUAAUAUUUGAAUAGAUCUUUAUAUUUUAGUCAAAAGAUUACCUUAUUUAAAGGCAGCUUUGUAGCUGUGAUUUAGAUGAAGCUAAAUAUGCAAGACUUUAUACAUUUGUUUUAUUAUGUGGUUAAAAAAACACAGGCAUUUACAACCACAGUAGUGUUGGCAAUAUGCAGUGGUCUGCAAGUUGUUUGCUAUAUAAUAUGGCAACAUUAUCUUUCUCUCUCUGUAGAAUCUCACACACCCAAUUUGCACAGGUGACUUUGUAGUUGUCCUUGAGGUUUACAUUUUUUUUAGCAGACAAGUAUCUAAAAUAUUUGGUUAAUAGCAAAUACUUAUUUCCACUGUAAACUAAAUCACCUCUCAUUGUUACCGAAUCAUAGCUACAAAGUCACCAUAGGAAAUAAAGUCCAUAGAUCUAAAUUUAAAUAUGUGAUUUUUAGAGACCUUACGGGGUGCAUUUUCUUAUUGUUUUAGAUAUACACUUGAACUACGUUCUAACAUUAAUAGUUUUGUUUUCUGAAAUCAUAUUGACAGUGGGUUGCAUGCAGCAUUGGUUAGACCAGGGUUACAAUUUAUUCUUUUUUAAUUUGUAUUUAGUUUAAAAAUUAACAAACUUGUUAUAGUUGUUACAGAGUUGUUGCUGCCUACUGUUAUUUUACCAUAGAAGCAAUAUAUACAAAUAACUACUACACUAUUGCUAAUCAACUCCAUAAACAAUUGUAAUCUCAGCCCUACAAGGUACAAGAAAGGUGUUUUCCAAUCUUGAGCUUGAGUGAGAACACUUAGGGGCCCAUUUAUCAAAGUAUGAUUGCCUACAAAUACAAAAAAAACGUAUUUUUUCCAAGUUUUCCUACCUUGUGUAUUUUCACCGAUUUUUUUGCUAAUUUGCGCAACUUUUUCGCACUGUAUGUCAAAAAUGAUGUGACAAAAUCGUAUUGUCACAACGAGUACGAAAGUUUCAGAUUCAAGCUUCGGUAUCGUGACUUUCCUUUGGCCAGGUUGGAGCUGCAGAGUGCCAUCGAGUCCUAUAGGAGGAUUCCAAAAACAUGCACAGAAGGAUUAAAGUCACAAAGGUUUUCCCGCCGUUUACAAUUAUUUGGAUAUGAAAACUUUGUGACUUUCGGAUCGCCAAUACGAUAUUAUCGUGACUAUUACGAUUUUUUCGAAAGCAUUUCCGUGACAUUUGCGAUCAUCAGAAAUUAUCGUAUGUAAUCCGAAUUUCACCUAUUUCGGGAUUCGAACUCGUACUUUGAUGAAUCAGCCCCUAUGCCUCACCCAUAUAUACAGAAAAUGUCACAUUUAUAAACACAACCAUUCCUCAGAUUUGGAUGCAUGUAAUCCUAAGCAUCAUCUCGUCGUACACAUACCAAUCUCACAUGUACCUUCUAUAUAGCUGUGCUCCUUCAGCUGUGAACCCCGACAGUGGUGCCUUUCAUCCCCCAAAUGCGUACUUAGCAUUAUGUUUUCAGUUCAUGUCAUUUCAAGACUUUUUAAAAACUUUUUUUAUAAUAGUAUGUUCAAGAGAAGAAAGUAUUCUUUUACAAUGUUUACUUUUUAUUAUUAAGGUUUUCGUUUUAAAGACCUUCUGAAAAGAUCUGUUGGGUUUAUUGUGUUUUGAUGUAAGAAGUGAAUUGUCAAAGUGUUAUGUUAAACAGUAAAGCACCUUUUCCCUGCAUGUUAGUAGGAAGCACUCCUAGAAAGUGUUAUACAGAAUUGUUUGACUGAAAACACAAUUUUAGACAGACGUUUAGAUGACAACUAUUAGCAAAUGUAUAACUGCCUGACUAAGCAGUAAGAAACUUUAGAAUAAUGUAACUUUAGUGACCUUUGAUACUGUCAAAUGACCACCUCAGCACACACUGAGUUGAAUGUGCUAGGUUUGUGCAUAUAUGACACUGUAAAGUUCAUAGUAAUUGGCUGCUGUAACAUGUUUAUCUCCUGACAUAUCCAUAACCCAAAGGCUGAUCAGCCAGAGAAGUUGCACUCAUUUACCCAGAUCCUCUUGCCAGUUGUUAUUUUACACAAAGAGUUCAAUUUAUUAUGCUGUGUAGAAUGCAAUUUGCUAAAAAAAAAAAAACAGUGUAGCAAGCUAUGUAAAAUAAACAGAGAUUUUAUUAAGGGGUGUUUUAUUUUACGCCAUCUGAACACCAGAUUUGACGCCAUUAUUCUAGACCUCUUCAGGCCUUGUGUAAGUACGUUCUGGCAAAAGUCGCUCUAAGAAAAAACAAAUUAAAAAAUUAUGCCUUUUUAUGUGCCAAAGCCCGGUGAUGUGUCACAAAUUUUGUCAUUUUUUUAUGCCGCAUAAUAAAUCUGCCACUUAGAGUUGUGUUAUGGAAAAGGUGUGAACAUAGCUUUGCUCUGAAGAAGCUUAGAAUGUACUAAAAAAAGCUUUAUUUCAAAUGUAACUAUGGGAUAACUCCUUUAAAUAUUAAUCAGAUUGCUACUGAAGUCAAUUGUAAUAUAGCAGUUAUCCCUAUAUGGAGCAAAAGACAGGAGUGUGAAAGCUACUUCUCAGUGUUCACCAUUCCUGGUGAAAUUGUAUGCUCUUUAAAUAGCAUGACUGUUUGGUCUUAACUUUUCACUGCAGCCAAUUACUAUAACGUGCAAACUGUAAUAUAUUGUCACAAAUGCCUAUGCUAGUGCCAUAGUAUUAGUGUACCUAUGUAACAGCAGACUUUGAUUUGACUCUUUUCCUGUGACAUUCCGUAUGUAUUUGCCUCACAGAGGCAGCCCCCUAGAUGCAUCCCUAGGCAAGGAGGGUAUUUGCACUAGUCCCCAGUACUUGGUGGAGCACACCCAACCAAAAGUUGCCCUUGGUAAAGGUAUAAAUAAUAAUAAUUGAAUUAUUUUUUUACUGUAUUUUGUAACUUUAUUGUUUCAUUUACAUACAGUUGUGAAAGAAAAUUUACCCUUCUGAAUGAUCUUCAUGAAUUGAUUUGUGGACUGUGAACUGAUAACAGACAUAAAAAGAAUUUGAUUAAAAAAAAUGUGCUUUCCAUCUUUUAUUGAACAUGCUAAUCCAACAGAAAAAAAGAAUUUGUUUUGAUCAUAGCAUUGAUGUUUAAUAAAUCUGUUUUACAAAUAAA